GUGACAGUUAAAACAAAGUGUUUUUUCCUCCAUUUCCCAACACGUGAAGGUGUUUUUCUGUUGUGAAAUAGUGAUAAAUUGCGAGGCUACAAUAAAUACUCACACAAAUCAUGGCAGUUCGCGUCCAAUUUGAGAAUAAUAAUGAAGUCGGGGUGUUCAGUAAACUCACAAACUCGUACUGCCUAGUCGCCAUCGGCGGGUCGGAGAACUUCUACAGUGUGUUCGAGGCGGAGCUGGCGGAGGGGAUCCCCGUGGUGCACGCCAGCAUUGCGGGCUGCCGCAUCCUGGGCCGCAUGGUGGUGGCCAACAAGCACGGGCUGCUGGUGCCGGCCGCCACCAGCGACUCGGAGCUGCAGCACCUGCGCAACUCGCUGCCGGACGCCGUGCGCGUGCAGCGCGUGGAGGAGCGGCUGUCGGCGCUCGGCAACGUGGUGGCGUGCAACGACUACGUGGCGCUCGUGCACCCCGACCUGGACCGCGACACGGAGGAGAUCCUGGCCGACACGCUGGGCGUGGAGGUGUUCCGCCAGACCGUGGCCGGCAACGUGCUGGUGGGCUCGUACGCGGCGCUCAGCAACCGCGGCGGCCUCGUGCACCCCAAGACCACCAUCCAGGACCAGGACGAGCUGUCCUCGCUGCUGCAGGUGCCGCUGGUGGCCGGCACCGUCAACCGCGGCAGCGAGGUGGUCGCCGCGGGGAUGGUCGUCAACGACUGGUGUGCAUUUUGUGGCAUGGACACUACCUCUACAGAAAUUUCAGUGAUUGAAAGUGUGUUCAAGUUGAAUGACGCCCAGCCGUCCGCCAUCACAUCCACAAUGCGAGCAUCACUCAUAGAGAGUAUGUCAUAAGAUAGGACAUUUACUUUAACCAAAUGUUGACUAAAAUCUAUGUGAUAGCUGUAAUUUUGAUGUUCUAUGUGUGAUGCUGACCGCCUCAUAUUCAAAUUAUAAAGCAUUUUUAUUAAUCAAUAUUGUGGUAAAAAUGCAAACUAAUUUCAUCCUUGGAUUCUCAUUGUUUUCACUGUUACAAUGGUUUAACUGUCCAAGUUUACCCAUGAAAUAAAUCCUAAGACUGGACAAUAAUUUGAGUCUAUACUCUGAUGUAUCUGUGACUACAAGUUCAAAAUUUCUUGUGAAAUAAUUAAUUGGUUCCUGUACCCUUGUGCAGUAUACAUUUAAAUAUUCCUGUAAGAAAUUCAUGUUGUGCACCUCACCAAGGAAACUAUGUGUUUAAUACUUAUGUAAAUAAAGUGUUUAUGGGUAUUAAACUAAGAUUUUUAUUACGAA